AUGUUCCUACCAGUGAUCCUCAUCGCUGCUACUUUUUUCAUUUCUGCCUCCCUCGGAUCGGAAGAAUCUUGUUAUCUUACGGAGGAGCAGGAGGACGAAUGUGCCUCGGUUUGUUAUCCAAUCGUUAAGCCAUUGCUACGCUACUUCGAGAAGUGCCAGGGAUGGGAAGCCCAGAUAUCGCAGAGUCAAAAAGAUUUCUCGAACUUAGAGAAAAGACAUUGGGAAGUGCAAAGGAACAACGACAAACUAAUUGCUCAAAUAGACAAGAAAAAUACCGAAAUUGAGCUUUUAAAAAAUCAAAUUAAUGACCAAAAAAAAACAAGUGAACUGGAAAUAUUGAUAAAUCAACUUCGCGAAGAAAUUGAAAGAAUUCGCAGAAUAGAAAAGAGUGGAGAAGUACCACAAGCUAAUCAAAAUAAAACACACACUGAAGAAAGGACGAAGGAAAAUAAAAAUUCGAAUAAUGAAACAGACAAAGUGGAGGUUAAAACUGGAGAAGUGUCAGCUAAUCAACAGGAUAAUAGUCGCAAUCAAACAAAGUCGGAAACACAAACCAAAGCUCUUCCGGACAGUUGUUCCCAAAACCAAAAGGAAGAAUGGGUCGUCCAGGAAAUCCAAAUACCCGGAUCAGAUCCGUUGAAAGUGGCUUGUCUCUCACAUUCGAAGGUUGGGUCUGGUUGGAUGUUGGUAUAUGGUAUAAAUGAUAACACAACUAUGUUGAAUCGCACGUAUGAGGAAUAUGCAACUGGAUUCGGAGAUCGAACGGAUUACCGCAACAAUUUUUUCAUAGGACUCGAAAACUUGCACCUCCUGACGAAUAAAGAGCCUUAUGAGAUGUAUUUAAUCGAUCACUAUUAUAAAUGUGACAACUUUGUUAUUGGUAAUAGAACCGAAGGAUAUCUGGUGAAACAUGUUGGCGAAUGCAGUGGAAUUUCUUUUAUGAGUCUUCAUCAGGGCACCACAUUUUCGACUUUUGAUCGAGAUGAGGAUGGACAUCCUGAUCGCAAUUUGGCAAAGGAAUUUGGCUAUGGCUGGUGGUUUAAUUAUAAGUAA